UGACAUCUAAAUUUUGGAAAUCUGCAUUUAUGAGUUUUUGUGAAAGUUCAUAAAAAAUUUCAACUUAGAUUGAGUAGUGUCAAUCAAAAAGUCGAAGUUAAGUUUGGCCAGAGAAAACAGUUUUAUCUGAAGCUAACUUCUGCGUCAAUGAAAUAUUUAUGAAUAUCUUUGAGUGUUUAAAGCAACGGCUAAAAAAAACAGACCAUCAUAAUAGGACGGUAGAUGAACCAGAAACAUGGAAAUUGUACUCUGAGUGGAAAGGUUUAAAUAAUGCAGAUGGUUCUUCUAUUCCAAGAUUUUAUUUUAAAAUUCCUUUUGAGGAAGACAGCUUGCAGCAAAAGCUACGAGAAGAAGCAAGGGCUGUCUUCCUUGAGAGGAAAAACAGAGAAUUGCUUGAUAAUGAAGACUUGAAAGAUUUAUGGAUGCUUCUUGAGCAGAAUCAGUCUCCACCUUUCACAACAGAAGACCAUAUGAUUAAUUAUUUAGACUUCAAGAAAGUUGCUAGCAAAUGUGAUGACAAAUUUAGGCCAUACUUUUCUGCAAAAAUAUUUGCAAAAUUGUUGCAAAAUGAUCCCAAUGGCAGAAUAUCGAUUAGACAUUUUUUUAACUAUGUCAUGAGAAAAGUCUGGCUGCAUCAGACAAGAAUUGGACUCUCCUUGUAUGAUGUUGCUGGUCAAGGAUUUUUGAGAGAAGUAGAUUUAGAAAAUUACAUUUUGGAACUUAUACCGACACUAUCUCAGUUAGAUGGCCUAGAAACUUCUUUUCAUUCUUUCUAUGUGUGCACUGCAGUGAGGAAGUUCUUUUUCUUUCUGGAUCCUUUGCGCACCAAUAAAGUGAAAAUUCAAGAUAUACUAGCUUGCAGCUUUUUGGAUGACUUAUUGGAGCUUCGAGAUGAGACUUUGCCUAAAGAUGUGCAGGAAGCUAAUUGGUUUUCAGCUCCAUCGGCUUUGCGUGUUUAUGGACAAUAUUUAAAUUUAGAUUCCGAUCAUAAUGGAAUGCUUAGCAAGGAAGAACUUGCAAGAUAUGGAACUGGUACUCUCACUCCAAUUUUCAUUGAAAGAGUUUUUCAAGAAUGCUUAACAUAUGACAGAGAAAUGGAUUAUAAGACCUAUUUAGAUUUUGUCCUUGCGUUGGAAAAUCGUAAAGAGCCACAAUCUUUGCAAUAUUUCUUUAAACUUCUGGAUAUUCAGCAAAAGAAUUACCUCACUGUAUUUGAUUUUAAUUACUUUUUCAGAGCCAUUCAGGAACAGAUGAAAGCACAUGGUCAAGAACCUGUACUUUUUGAAGAUGUGAAAGAUGAAAUAUUUGACAUGAUCAAACCUUCUGACCCAUUGAAAGUGACCUUACAAGAUUUGAUAUUUUGUGGACAAGGAGAUACUGUGGUUAGCAUUUUAAUUGAUUUGAAUGGAUUUUGGACCUAUGAAAAUCGAGAAGUUCUUGUUGCUGAUAAUAAUGAUGAAGCUGAAGUGUAAUGCAGAUGCAGAGUGCCUGUGAUAUGAAAAAUGUGAAAUAUUUGACAUUACUUUCAUUUGAUGUAAUUAUGCAUUUAUAAAUAAUAUUUCUUUUAUGUACUUUUGUAUAGAAAAUGUAUCAUUUGUAAAUGUGUCUGUUUCUGUAUAGAAAAUAAAAGUUUUUGUUAUGAUUUCAGAUUUAUUCGUUAGAUGUAAUUAACAACAUUAAUUCAUUACGAUUAAAUGCUAACACAAAACAGAGUGAACUAUAUUUUUAUUUUGCAAUUUAUGGAAGCUGAAAGAGAUUGCUUAUCUGUUUUUCAGUUAUUUGCAACUGAUGUUAUGUUUUCUAAACAAAAUGGUUGACCUUAAUGCUGUCUUAAACUUUAAAAUUUGUACAUUGCAUUUCAAAACAUUGCAGUAAACUACUGAAUUAGUUAUAAGUACCAUGUUUUUUCUAAAUUUUCAGUUAACUUUUGUUGUAUACAGUUGUCAUGUUUUUAAAUUUUG